AUGUCCGUCUGCCGAACGCCGUUCUCAAGACUCAAGAUAAUCCCCUUACCACCAACAUCACCCUUGAUGCUGUCAUGCGCCUCGUCUGUGAGGCGCGGUAGCCUACAGUCAUUACAGACCUUGCAAGUGAAGGUGACACUUGGUCAUAAUGGCUCACUUCCCUACCGACGCCGUGCCCUGAGCGGUCAGCCGUCGCCUCCCAGGAAGAUCAUCUUCUCCGGCAUCCAACCAACGGGAGUACCACAUCUCGGCAACUACCUGGGAGCACUGCGACAAUGGGCCAAACUGCAGGACGAGUCUGACAAGUCUACCCGUCUGAUCUACUCACUCGUCGACUUGCAUGCCAUCACUAUUCGCCAGGACCCAGCACGACUUCGACAAUGGAAGAAGGAGUCCCUGGCCAUGCUUCUAGCCAUUGGCCUGGAUCCAGUCCGAAGCAUCAUCUUCCACCAGAGCGAUGUGUCUGCUCACGCUGAGCUCAUGUGGAUCUUGUCAUGCCAAGCCAGCACAGGUUACCUUGGCCGCAUGACACAGUGGAAGGACAAAACAUCGAACGAGAAAGAGGGCAACGAAAGGCUCAAGCUUGGCUUGUUUUCGUACCCUGUACUCCAAGCUGCAGAUGUCUUGGUCCAUCAGACCACCCACGUACCGGUAGGACACGAUCAAGCACAGCAUCUAGAGUUUGCACGAGAGCUGGCCAACGGCUUCAAUCAUCUACAUGGCGACGGCAUCCUCACGGCACCGGAGACGCUCAUCAGCCCUGCGAAGAGAGUCAUGUCCUUGACGGAUCCUGGCUCGAAAAUGUCUAAAUCACACCCCAAUCCAAAGUCGAGGAUAUUGUUGACAGACAGCGAGGAUGUGAUCAAGGCCAAGCUGAAGGCUGCCGUGACCGACUCCGUAGAGGGCAUCACGUACGAUCCACAGCAUCGACCUGGGGUCAGCAACCUGCUGGACAUCAUAUACCAUGCCCGGACGUCUGAGACUUCGCCAAGCGAUCCUGCAGAUGGCGUCGGUCAGACCGCGAUCGCAAAGGACAUGGAAAAUAUGAGCCUGCGAGUUGUGAAGGAGAGAGCGACUGAAGCAGUGGAAAGCAUUGUCAAGCCUAUCCGAGAGCGAUAUGCAGAGUUUAUCCACGACGAGGCUUGGCUGGCAGAGGCUGCAGCUGCUGGAGCAUUCAAAGCACAGAUAAGUGCAGCAGAAACUAUACAGAACGUCAAGAAAGCAGUAGGUCUUGCUUGA